AUGCGGGCAGCGGGGAUGCCUUCUCUUAUCAGCAAGGCACCAGGCAGCACGGACAGAUGGAGCGUCCUGCUGUCACCGCGCUGGUGCCCCUUCCAGGCCCGACGGCAUCAGCAUCUGCCUGACAGCCUCCGAACAGCCAGAGGCCUCACAUCUCUACUUCCCAGUAUACUUCAACAGCCAGCGAGGACUCUCACUUACUGUAGCUUGCGGAAUGGAAAGAGGAAAACUGUGAAAGCUGUUGUCGAUAGGUUUCUCCGGCUGCACAAUGGCCUUUGGGUUAGGAGAAAGGCCGGUUAUAAGAAGAAACUGUGGAAGAAGUCGGCUGCCCAGAAGAAGCGUUUGAGAGAGCUGGUGUUGUGCACUAGAACACAAUGUAAACUCCUUGAUAAAAUGACCACUUCUUUCUGGAAAAGAAGAAAUUGGUACGUUGACGAUCCCUACCAGAAGUACCACGAUCGCACGAAUCUUCGUGUGUAG